UCACGAGCGUCUCCCUUCAUUUGUGUAGCUGCAGCAUGUGAAAUUCUUGGUUGGCUCUCCUGCGCUGUCGGUGACGCGCGCACACGUGCACAUACGCACACUCGUAGCAGAGCAUCAUAGAAGGAGAAGCAGCGGCAGCGAAAAGCGGUUUGGAGGGGAGGGCGACGGGCUUCGACUUUGGAUGCUUAGUCACAUCUUGCCUUGCCCUGAGAGGCGAGGGAUGGAGCGGGUAGAAGAGAAACACUGAGCGGGUCAGCGGGAGAAGAAGAUACGGAAGAAAGCAGGGGCUGCCGCUAAAUCUGGAGUAGAUGAUGCUUAUUUGCCGCAGGCCCCGCCAUCGUGAAAUUGGAUACCGACUUGCGGCGGAUGGGGUGACCGAGCUUGCUGCUCCGCCGGGGAGGUCCCUGCCUUCGGACGUUACCGGGGUGGGAGCUGCCUGUGCCCGGUUCUAAGGAAGGAAGGAUUGGCAAGCGGGAAAAUGCAGACGGAGGAGGAGACGGCCACCGCAGAAGAGCCCAUUUUGGACGAAGGGUCAGGACGAGACCAGGUAAGAGGAAAAGGACAGGAGAGAAUUGGAGCCAGCAAGACAAAAUGGGACAGACAGAGCGGGAGGGCAGGAGAGGAAUGAGCCGGAUGGAUUUUGGCAGUGGAGUUCCCUGGAGAAAGCAACGGCCAGUCCAACAGUCUCUGGGCUCCUCCCUGUGUCGGGAGUCCCAUUGGAAGUGCCUCCUCCUGACCCUCCUCAUGUACGGCUGCUUUGCCACGCUCGCCUGGUGCGCUCUCUGUCGCGUAUCCGUUCUCAGCUCUUCCAUACCUCACGGUGCUGACGGCGAUGCCACCUCGGCGGCCUACUAUAAUGACAUCCUGCACCUGGAGAGUCCGUGCUCUAGCGGCUACGUCUACAUCCCGCUGGCCUUCCUGGCAAUGCUGUAUGUGGUUUAUUUGGUGGAGUGUUGGCACUGCUUCUCCAAGACGGCAAUGCUGGCUCAUGCUGAAUUCCAGGAAGUGUAUGAGCGUGUGCAGAGACUUCAGCAGGCCACACCCUGCAUUUGGUGGAAGGCCAUCAGCUAUCACUACGUGAGGAGGACCCGACAGGUGACAAGAUACCGCAACGGAGAUGCAUAUACCACCACACAGGUCUACCAUGAGCGGGUGAACACUCAUGCUUCCAGUUCAGAGUUUGACUACGCCCGCUAUGGUGUCAAAGACGUGUCGAAGGAGCUGCUGGACCUGCAACUGCACCCUGCUGUUCGCCUCCGUUUCACCAAGUGUUUCAGCUUCUCCAGUGCACGUGCUGAAGCUGCCUACCUCACCCAGCGAGCGCGCUUCUUCGGAGAGAACGAGGGGCUUGACGACUACAUGGAGGCCAGAGAGGGGAUGCACCUGAAGAACGUAGAUUUCCGUGAACACAUCCUGGCGUUCCCAGAUCCUGCCCACCAGCCCUGGUUUUCUCGGCACAGGGUCUUCUGGCUGGCUUCUGCUUUCCUCCUGUCAUGGCCGCUGCGGGUUGUGUCCGAAUAUCGCACAGCGUACGUACACUACCAUGUGGAGAAGCUGUUUGGGGAGGACGAGGACGGCGGCGGAGGAGGAGGUGGCGGAGGAGGACGAGGGGACGGGGUUGAAGGAGGGACAGAGAAUGGAAUCCACCCUGGGAUUGGUCUAAAUGGGAGUUACAGAGCCAUCUCUCGCGUCAACACGGUGGACAUGACCGAAUUGGAGUGGCACAUCCGCUGUAACCAACAGAUGGUCCCGAGCUACUCCGAAGCCCUCCUUAUGGACUUGGACAUGAGCGUGGGGACUAACCCUACCGCGUCUACGCCCAUCUCUGGGGCUACGAGCUCCACCCCCAGCCAGGGCACUAACCCUCCUCCUCUAGCUCUGCCUGUUGUCUUUAACUCGGCUUACCUCCUCCAGAGCUGCCCCCGAUGCCGGAGGACCACGUCCAGUUCCAGUCUUCCCUCCAGGCUAAGGGCCCCCAUGGGAACCACAGCCCUCCUGAACGCUACCGUGGCGGGGAUCAGGGCAGUGGGGCAGGGGGGUGGGGGUAUAGGAGGAAGGCUGGUGCUCAGUCGGAGCGGAUUCUCUCUGGGGAGACUGGGAGGAGUGCGCCAGAACAGCCUUUUUCAUUCGAGAAGCAUGGGAGGAGGGCUGGGAGGAAGUAGGGAAGAUGGAGGAGGAAGCGGAGGUGGGGGAGGAGGAGGGGGAGGUAGCGGAGGAGGAGGUGGAGGGUUCCUAGGGUUAGGUUCAAGACAGGACAACGAGGAGACCAGAGGAGUGCUAGAAGGAGAAGGGGAGGAGGAAGAGGAGGAAGAGGAGCAGCAGCAGCAGCAGCAGGAGGAGGUGACGAGGAGGGAACAGGGAAGAGGAGGCAGAGAGAGGGACGAAGAAGCAGAGCAAGACAGUUUAGGGUUAGGCGAGGUGAGGGAGGGCGACGGGGGAGGGAGGGAACGUCCUCCGUCCUACCAGGACGCAUUCUUCUUCCCCGUCCUCAUCAUACACGGAGAGGAGAGCUGCCACGCUGGAGACGACAUGUGACGGUCAAAAGAGUAAACGCUCCGCAAGCGAGAACGUCGGGGCAGAGGCCGAGGGAGAUGAAAGAAGACGCCAAACACACAGAACAGGUUGGAUCAGAGAGGAAGUGGAUGAGUCCAAAUAGAUAGAAUAGGCCUGAACGAUGAUAUACCAACCACAGAAAAGAAGAGAGGAUUCAGUCAGAACAAAGCAUAAGAGGUAAGAACAGUUUUGUGACCGACAGAAUUACCAAGUAAAGAGGGGGAUGAUGGAGUCAAAAGGGAAAAGAGAAUGUGCUGUAAGAGGAGAGGAGUGCAUACCGUAAAAAGCCAGGAAACCCACUGGUUCAGAAGGAGAUGAGGGCCGAUAGGGAGUACAGCAGCAAAAUAAUAUGGAGUCUGAAAAUAUGACACUUGUAGACCUUGCUACACAGAGCUCGCAAGAGAGAGGGGGACCAAUCCAAUACUUAGGAGGAACAGAAAGACUGAAAACAUGGGAAUGACUAUUUCCAGAUAUAUCUAUGCAAGAACAGGAGUGGGAGGAGUGUCAAGUGUAAAGAUAGCAGAUUGGAGCGCAGCGGAGAGACUCCAAACCAGCUGAGUGGGGUUUUUUUCUCAAAAGAAACAGAAGUGGAGGAUUUUGCAGAAGAGUAUUUUGAAGGCUUGAUGCUUUGGUUUUGCUAAAAUCUAAAAUGCCUAGUGGAGGACUAAAAGAUAUGGCUCAUUAAAAAAGAUGAAAUGCAGGAAGAGGAACUCCUAAAUAUUUCAGACAAGGGAAGAAACCAAUGAGAUCACAAAGAAUUACAAGAUGCGAUGUAGAGAGGUAGAGGGGGAGAAAUAAUGACACGCUUUUGGCAAUGUGGAAAAAUGGCAAGGGAGGAGAGUGUAAGUGUCAGAGCACAGCAUAGAAACAAUAGACAAAGGGAAGAAGUAGAAUACAAAACUCAUCAUGACAGACCAGAUUACCCUAAAUCCUGUUUUCCACUUGACAGAUAAUUCAUGUAGGUUCCUUUUUAAAAGAAAUCAAAACAGAGUUAUCAAAAAGAUCAACUCAAGAGGAGGAGGGGGAAAAAAAGAAGAUACAGGAUUUUAUCACAGAGACAAAAUACCAUCUGAACAGCAAUCAUGACCUUAAAUCUAAUCAGGGAAUCAAAUUCAAAUUUUCUAACCGGUCCCAAUAACAAAUGACGUCUUUCUCAGGUCUUUUAAAAUUGACUAUACACACACUUAAGGAUUGGGCAUCGAGAACCGGUUCCAACUUGGAAUCGUUUCAAAAAUUGAGAUUCCAUUGGAUGGUUUUUUUAUUGGAAUCGUUUGCUAAAUUUGGUUUCGAAUACGAUCAUCGGUAAAAAAAAUGAACCCACCCUUUUUUUCUUUUACUUCCAGGCGCUUGGUUGUGUUGCAGCCAUGGAGCACAGUAAGCGCCGCUCUAAAGUGUGGCUUUGUUAUACAUUGAAAAAAACAGGUAAAUCACUGUUGAAUCAAAAUGAAAUGUUCCUCUUAUCGGUGAUAUAAGCAUGAGAACCGGAAUCGAAAGGGAGAAUCGGCAUUGGGAUCAGAAUUGUUAGAAUUAAAACGACGCCCAACCCUAUACACACUUCAUCUGGCCAUCAACCGUUAACAGUAUAAUAAACAUUGAUUUCCUCCCUCCUCUUCAUGCUGUCUUACUACUCCCUUCACAUUAGCGUACGCACCACUCUAUCCAUUACUGAUAUGGAGCUGAUAGAAAAUAACUCCAUAAAGGAGCGAUUGCUUCCUCUACCUCUCCUCUUUUCUCAUGCUCCUCUCGCCAAUUUGUCACCUCUUCUGUUCUCCUUCCUCCACCCUCACCCCUCCGUGCACUGAAGUUACAGGUGCAGAGGUGUAAUUCGGAGCAACACAUCUAUUGCUUUUUAAAAACACGACUAGUUAGUAGGCCUGUAACAAUUAUUACAUAAUUGUCUAGUUGUCGAUCUUUUUACUUAAUCGCGCAUUCUUUGUUUAACCGUAAUUAAUUGCUAACAUUAGCUAAGGUCUUACGGGCUAAGCCUGUUGAUGGUAAUUGUUGAUUUUGUUUAGAUAUGCCAAAUUGUAAUUAUAUAACUAAUUAUUGCUCGGGCUGUUGAGCUAAAGCAAUGUUAGUUGUUGGCACUUGAUCCUCCCUAUGUAUAUACAGGUUCAUAGCAACAAAAAUGACAAGGGGGAAUACAGUUAGAAAAACUGUUUUAUGAUAAUAAAGAGGCAUAGUUUACUUCCUAGGCUGUGUACUUUGUCUGGGUCACAUAGCAGUGUCCCCCCAUCCUAAAUAAAUAUAUUAAAAUUUGACUGAGAGACACUUGUAUUGUUAAUCGCAGUUAUUUCUGAGACAAUUAAUUGUACGGCAAAAUUUGGAAUUGUUAUUGCUCUACUAGUUAGGUGCAACAUCUUUUGCAAUUAGCACGUGUUAUAAGUGACGUGAGAGGCUGUUGUACCAAAAUAGAUUCACUGCACCCAUCAUUAACUUCUCCGUCCUCUAUUGCUCUGCCAUCUUCUCUCUUCCGCUCCUCCCUUUCCUCUUUUUUUUUUUUAAAGUGGUGGUUAUGUGAUGCGCCUCUCUCUGCUCAGAUCACAUUUCAUCUCCGCUCACUCCGCAUAUCACAUCGCUUCUAGGCGCAGGUUUCUCCUCAAAGAUCAGAUUUUAUGAACCAGAUAUUACCUACUCAUUUUUUUUAUGACCUCUCGCUAUGUCUGUAUAUUGUCAAAGAAACAGAAUGAGCAAAUAAUGUGGGUGCUUUGAUCAGUGGAUUUACCCAAUGCGUAGAGGAGCAAAAGAUAGACAAAUCGGACCUUUAAAGACAUUGAAAGGUUGCUAACACAGUAACAUGUUUAGCUAUUUUCCACCAGUUAUGCCUGUGUAGUUGUGCUCUAGUUUUAAACGUUUGUACCCAAAGAUAGGCUGGCGCAAUAUAAAGGGAAAAAAAUUACAAUAACCAGUAAACCUUCCUCAAAUAUGAAUAUACUAUAUAUCUCAUUACUCUAUGUCUUCAGGCAUGAAAAAUCACCUCUUUAUCUCAUUUAUGUCCAUAAUAUUGGACUGCAUGGGAAGUAAAACUUGAGCUGUCAAGCUCAGCUGGCAUUCUCCUGAUAAAAAUAAAGAAUACAUCAGACUUUUGCUUUACAAUAUUAAAAUAAAAGCAACAAAAUGAUCACAAUGAUCAAUAACGCCCAGCCCUGUGGUAGACCAAGUCUGGCCACAUUGUGCCAUACUGCUACCUCCUCUUGAAGAAUCACCUGCAAAUAAGUACCAGUGCUCUCUGAAACAUCGCCUCACUAUAAAAUGUGUAAAAGGUAGCUGGCAUAGAGAUGCAUGUAACUUAAUAACAGCUAUUGUGCAGGAGCUACUAAUUUAGACAUUUUAGACACACGUUGGCAAGGGCACAGACAAGAAUCCAUAAGGAUUCAUAGGACUCUCUGUCCUACUUUGUGAGUUGGUAUGUUUUUGUGGAGGAUCAGUCCAGGGAGAGACAACACAACCAUCAGUGCAUAUAUUUUACAAAGCACACAAACCCUGCUACAGUAGCAAGAAGCAGUUUUGAGUAGUUAGCCGAAUACUUUCUUAACCUUUCCUGCAUAGUGAGAACGGUCACUUCAGCCACUUCAGUGAUGUUGGAAGGGUCUCCCUCGUUCUCUAUCUGCUUAUUUCGGACACAAUACUGAGAAGCACACUUAAAUAAUGAAGUUAGAGAGAAAUCUAAACCAAGAGGAGUUUCCUGAAAAUAGAGCAAAAAUUAUACUUGAAACACUUCAUAAAUGAUAGAGAUAAUAAUGGACAUGGUAAUCAGCGUGCACUCAAAUACGGAUACUGUAACUCCAAACAUCCAACCUGGAUUCAGCAGAGGCAGCAGGGAACGUUCUUUCAAUGAAACUUUCUGAAGGGACAAAGUAGAGCACGAGUGCUGACCUGGUUUGGUGUACAGGACACACACGCACACACUCUGACACACAUUCACACACGCCGAUUCUGGCUCGCGGAUCUUCUGUAGCUUUGGGGGACAUCAAGCUGAAGUGGGCACAAGGAAAUGAAUGGACGGAAAUAAUUAACGGAAGAAAAGUGACGGAGAAAAUGAACAGCAACAUGGACAGGUGUUUCUGUGGGAACUGGACAAAUGACAAAGAAGAAGAAAAUGUGAGAUUAAAAGACAAUUCUUUUUUACAGCUAUUUAUCAUCUCAGUCUCUUGACUUGUGGAUAAAAUUGUCUCCAUUCAUGUCCCUUCAUGAGAAAAAGAAGCACUGACCACACUUCUGCGUUAAUUUGAUUGAGUUGCUUUCCCAAAUUUUCAAUCGCUCACUUUGUUAUUUCUAUGUAUUUUUUUGUUCAUAUCGCCAGUCAGCCACUUAAAUUUGAAAUCACAUGUAGUGAGCUCUAAUUUAAAAUGUAAAUGCUUUGUCACCAAAAGUGACAAACCAAGGAAACACAAUUCAGUCUGUAAUUUGCUACUUUUAUAUCAUCUGCAUACUUGAGUAGCCAUUAUUUCAGGUUGUUAUUAUUAUUAUUAUUAUUAUUUUUAUUAUUAUUAUUAUUAUUUCAAAUGCCUUUGUAAGCUUCAGAAAUUUCUCAUGUCUUAGCUGCUAUUGUUUUUUUGUAUUUUUUUGUAUUUUCUUUUUGUAAAACAGACAACGCUCUUGGCUUCCCAAUGAGCUUUUAUUGGCGAGCCUCUGGUUCUAAUUUGCGUAGGGUGCUUGGACCCAGUUCUACUUGCUUGCAAGUAUAGUUUAUUUUAUUUAUUUUUUAUUUUAAAUAGACAAGUGUAUUUCACUCAUAUGUGUUGGUACUGGAUAUUUAUACUGUGUUUUAUUAUCUCAGAGUGUGUCAAAAGCGUGUCCUCAGCCGCUUCAGGUGUGCCAAGAGAACUUUGUGCCCAUGAUGUCUUACACACACACACAAACACACACUCACUUACUCAUGCGUGCUUGCAUGUUUAGCCACAGCGGUAAAGCAGCCAUUAUAAACAGCUUCUUUUAGACUAGAGUGACAUUCAUCCAAUACCCAUAAUAGCCUAACACAUGCAGAUUUUUAACAUGACCAUGCACACACAAACUAAAAGCAUGGAACUGUCCUGCUAUGUUGCCUUCGUGUCCGACGUUGCCAACCUUUUUGCUCAGGAUUUCAGUUUUUGCUGCAUUCCUGCUUCAACACGAGCUGUCUUUGACACAAACAUCCGUCAUGCCAAAGCAAGAAGCAUCACAGAGAAAAUGCCUGAGCUUACACACACAUUCACGUAGACAAUUAGCAGCUGGUACAGGUGGUCUACACAAUGUGCAAUAGUACAAUUUGUGCUGGUGGACUGCUCCAGCACCAAACAUUUACACGGGGUGACAAAAGGGUGGGUUUACUCAGGAGCAGAAAUAACAGAUGCCUGUCAAGUGACCUUUAUCGGCAAAAUGCACAGGUGCGGCUCAUGUAAAUCCACCCAGAAUGUGUCUUUUACAUUGUGGUAUGUUUGGCUAAACCCCGCAGGCUGUGUUUUUGCCCACUAGGUGGCAGCAAUGCCUUAUAUAUUGUGACAACACAGAUGUGAUGUACUGUAUUCAGAGGGUAAACAAACAGUGAAUUGAACAGGGUAGAAAACAGCUGCUGUCCUGCUCUCCGUGGGUUCCACAUCUGCACACACCCCAGUCAGUUAUCUCAGACAAGGUACGUUGUCUUCAGCAGCUGAUGAAGAGCCCCUGCUACGACAUCACUGAUAGAGGUCUGGGCAGAGGUGCAACAAACCCAAAAGUUACAACCUGUGGAAAGCAGUGCAGUUGUGUAUGUUAUUGUGCAUUUAUCUUCAUUGAUCUUAUGAUUUUCCUUUACCUGUAACUGAAUGUGUUGCCAAGCAAUAUUGCCCACAUCCCUGCUUUGUGGCUGGACUUAUAGAUGUUGCUAAGCAGCUUUCUGAACUUAUAACCACAACCAAUGGGUGCUUCAGUCAUUGAAAUGACAGCACUGUUAGAUUAAGGCAAUUUUGUGACCGAGCCUCCAUUUCCACUGCGUAACUCAUUAUCUGGCUGUGUUGCUCUAUAUGACACAAACUACAAACUGAUAGAAAGGAACAGGGUUUGGUCUGUAAUGAACAUGCUCUAUCUUGAAAAGACCACUCUAAAAUACACAUCUGUUUACUUGUGCCCACAUCCAGUUUGAUUGUUCUGCUCUCAUUUUCCACUCUUUUUUUUUUUUUUUUUAUCAACAUCAUCACGUGACGAUCUUAUGAAAUGCUCUAGCUAUUAUGACCGAUGUAUUGUUGUCAAUACUGUUACUGUUUCUCUUGUGAUCAUGGGAGGAGUGGAGUAGUCAUAACAAGUUUGUCAAACACUGUAAAAAAAGAAGAAAAAAAACAUGUUUAGAAUUGGUUUGACUUGAAAUCACAUGAAUUCCAGCUGCAUUUUUUUUUUUUUUUGAUUUCCAGAAGUACUUGGGUUAGUCUAAUGUGGAUACUACAAACUAUCAGGUAACAAAUAGAAACGUGUGAUCCAGUGACUGUUUCACACAGUUAUUCUAAUUUAUACAUAAGUCAAAGAAAUUGACCAAAAACAGAAUCCAGGGUAUUCUUUUGACCUCAGACACUUUAAUAUGAAUUUGUGUGCAUUAACAAGUCUCCCUCAGAACUAUAAACAGCAGCUAAUAUUACUGUCUGUUAUUAUCCACAGACAUGUUAAAUGCUGCUCUUUUAAUAAUGCAUAGUAGCAGUUUCCCAUUGUGCAAAAACUGUAUUGUAGCUAUACUGAGCCUUGUAUGAUACACUUACCACCGCCCUUUGUUUUUGCACUGAAAUAAUGAGCAGCUGUGUGUUGCCGCGUAUCCUUGAUGCAACAUGACAUGAUGACUGUAUGUAAAAACUCACAACAUUCUAUAUGACUGUAAUGUGUCAGAAAGAACUCUUAAGUUUAGGGCAAUACAUUAGCGUCAGUAUAAUAAGCCUACUGAUAUUCAGUGUCUGGGUCAAGGCUUAUUUUAUGAUCCGGGUCAGAGUCGCUGUUGAUUUAAAAAAAAAAUAAUAUAUAUAUAUAUAUAUAUAUAUAAAAAUAAAGAACAAAAAAAUUGUGGAGAUGAGAUCAAGUAACGCCUUUGCUUAAAUAUGUGCUGUGUCGCCUGAUUGUUAGAGUAUCACCAUUGGACAGUAAAGCUAUAAAAAGCUAUAUCCAUGUUAAAACCUCGCGUCCACAAAGUGUGACUUGGCUUGUCAACGCAGCGGGAGCCCUGGCUCUCUCAGUUCCAGAGAUGAUCACGUCACAUUGACAUUUCAGGAUACUCGUUUUCUUUCCUGCUAAAUAUUUAAUGCUGCUGGAUUACCUGUGAGCUGUCAAACACAUGGAACUGUUACCACAAUGUAGUUGUUAUGUACAUGCAGCCUAUGGGGACAAUAAUGUCACAUACAAUGCAUUAUUGUCUCUUACACAGCGAUGUGUAAAGCCAGGAAUGGGCUUUCUGUUCAAGCACCGUCGAGCAAAAUGUCCUCAGUAUUUAAGCUAAUUAAUAUGUAACUGAUAAUGAGAUUGUCAAUAUCACACCAGAUUAUAGCUGUUGUCACUGGCCUGUUUAAGAUAAUGUAAUUAUUUCAUUUGAGUGGAUAAUGACAGUGAAGGUAAAGGAGCUGGUGGCAAUAACACUGUUAACUGAUGCGGUCCUGGCGAUGAUGAUGACGAUUCAUUAUCAUGGAAGAUACAAAUAAAGUCAAUCUGCUUGGUAUACCAAG